GCGACGUAUUAAUACGUCCAGAACGACAUCGAACCGCAUUCCGUUAACAUAACGAUGACGAACCUAUUGACUUUGUGUCUUUUUUUCGCAAUCGCGACCUACUUGGUCGCCGGUGAAAACCUUUUCGAUUGCCCGGACCCGACGCUGGCCACGCAGUUGGUGUGCGACAAGGACAUCAGCGAGGACGGUUUCUUCCUGACCGUCAAGAGUAAAGAGAUCACGUGCCCGGACUCGAUCUUGAACUCGAUCCCGAUCACUUGCAUCGACAUUAGGGAUUUGGACUCCGAUAACCGCGGAGGGUCGGUGAAGGUGAAAGACGGAGGCAUCAACUACAACCAGGUUACCGUGGAGCUGACCUCGAAGCUGGGCCAGGGCUUGCACUUCAACGUCAAAGUGUAUGGUCAGUCUGCUUGAGAGCAGUAUUCAAAUAAACGAAGGACUUCAAAAUUUGUCUUUCAU